GUACAAGAGGGUGACUCGUGGAAAGCAAUGCAUCAUUUGUGGGGCUGAAGAUCCCCCAAUAAGAUGCACAGAUUGCAGCUAUUCGAGCAACUAUACUGCACUGGUUGCUUUGAAACGGCCCACUUGCAUCUAACGCUGCUUGUUGCAUGCUUAUUACUGGAAGAAUGGAAUGUUCACGCGAUAUGACACCAACAGGGUGGAAGUGUGGAAUUGAGAUGUGGACCACACCUGCACAUCAGGCUACCCCUAGGGUUGUUAAAGUUGUCGAUGCGAGAGGAGAAACGCUGAUGCAUCGCUACAUAAAAGUGCAGACAACCAGGAGUAACUGUGAUCAGGAACUUGAGCAGCUAACGUCAAGCUUGUCAGAAUCCAUCCUCAUGCUGCUAGUUGAGCUGCGACCACCUCACAGUGAAGACCUUUUGUUGGGGAUUCGCAUCCAUGUUCUUUAAAUGGAAGACACUUACUUGUGUUUUCCCGAGAUCGGCACCUAUAUGGUUAUUAAUGUCCUUAUAUUAGCUGUAAUCUAAGCUGUAAUCUCGUCUUGGUUUUUGUACUAACCAGAGCAAUUAUUGCCUUAAAAUAUGUAUGCCUCUAAUCUGUGCACAUAAAUAUCGGUGCAUAUAAGUUGUAUUGUUUUUGCAGUUGUCAGAUACAAAAGUGUUAUUAUUUCAACAAGUGCGUUCAUCUUAAGUGUUAUAAUAAGUAUAUUGAUUAAUAA